AUGGGAGAAUUUGUUUUUUCUUUCAACGGAACGCAAUUUCGUUGGAUUGGGACACAGCUCAAGGAUGAACGAUGGUCAAUCAAUAGUUUAUUCAUUGGUGAAUGUCCUGAAUACUGCCACGAUCGAGGUUUAUGUACUGUAUCUGGCUGUCAGUGUGCUAUUGAUUAUUCAGGAACGCAUUGCGAAAAAUAUGUGGGCAAGGAACUUUUACCUAUCUGGUUUAAUGAAACAUUCGAUGAUGGUAGUGGCGAGGGCGCAAAUGCACCUAACUUGAAUAACUGGAUGAAAUUGAGUGGUGAUGGACAUAUUCGUCAUGUUUGCGAUGAAAAUUUCAAUAAUAAUACGAAUAAUUAUUUAAGUGGUCAAGCACUUCAUUUUAAUGCUGGUUGUGGCUGUGGUCAAGUUGAAGCUAUCACACGUGAGCUGAAUAUUAGUCAAGCAACAACAAUAUCGUUUGCAUUUCACGUUACACUUGAAGACAAUUGUCUCUUCACGACAAAUAAUGUAACAGUAGCACUUGAAUGGACUUUUGACGAAGGCAUAACAUGGAAACGGCUAAUUACCUUAUAUAAUCAAGAACAUGCACAAUUUGUGAAUAUGACAUUACCAACGGAGAUGAAAGAUAUCGCUGAGAACCAAACAAGCAGCAGUGUGCGAUUUCGCUGGACACAAAUUGAACAUGUGACAAAUGAUCUCUAUUGGUCUAUUGACAAUAUUCGUUUAGAAUAA